CAACCUCUUUCAAUCAUGAACUCUCUGUAUCUAUUCACUGUCUUCCUGGCUCUGACCAGCUGCUGCAUUGCUAGCCCAUGGGGCAAGCCUACUGGCCAGCCGGGAUGCCAAACUGAGGAGGAGCUCGCCGUGGGCACCUAUCGACACUUCUACAUCAAGAACCAGUACUGGGUAUGCCACGAGCUAGGUGUGCCUGCCUCGCCGGCCUACUGUCCAGUUGCACAGGCCUGGCUGGAUGAUGUUAAGUCCUGUGUGCCCUAUUCCCAAUGGUAUUGGACAGCACCAGCGGCGCCACCAAGUCAGCCUCUUGCCUAGACGGAUCCAAACAACAAACAUUUUUCGAUUGAUUUCUG